UUAAUUUCUGCAGUUGUGAAAACUGAAGGAGGGAGGGAAGAAGGGAGGGAAGGAUGUGUUCUUUGAUCCUGGGCUGAGUGAGUUGUAAAAUGAGGAGGUAUGCCCUGCAUAAAUACUGCCUCUACUGCUGAGACUCAGAUCAUUACUCCAUUUAUCAGGACAAUGACCCACUGAGAGAGAAGAACACACUCACACACACUCUUACCUAAACUUACCCAGCUCUGAGAACUUUGUCUGCAUUUCUGGAACCUGAAGGAUAAGAUGCAUUAGAUUCUAUCCAUCCAAAGGACAAGUUUCUCCACCCCAACAACAGGAUUUUGGUUAAUUUUGUUGGAUAUUUCCAUCAUCCAAACAUGAGGGGACAUUUCUCCAUUGAGUGGCUGGCCCAGAGUAGUCGGGCAUCGGGCAGCACGAGCCCCUCACCUCCCUCCUCUUCCUGGACAUCCGUUGCGGCUGGACCCACCAGCACCUCUGGGACCCACCCCGAGAGCUUGCCUGGGUUCUACUGCCGACCGAAACCUAAGAAUAAAGAGAACCAGACAGAGAACAAGGUGAGGAGAGGACAUGGGCUGAUCCUACGCAGCAAUCCCAGCCUGGCAGGCACUGAGACCGCUAAGAGGAGUAGCCCCCUCCACCACAAGCACCAAGUAGUGGCUGAGACUGGCUUCAUUAGUGGAACAGAGGGGGAAACGUCAGGGUACGAGAGUGAGGGCGGGCGAUCCCUCUCCCCAACCACCCCCCUGGAUGUCUCCUCUUCGCCCCCUACGGGGAGGCGGCCACGUACAGCCUACACAGCGGAGCAGAUCAACAGUCUGGAGAGGGCCUUCAAGAGGAACGCUUACCUGGGAACUCGGGACAAGGUUGAGCUCUGCAAGAAACUCAACCUCUCAGACAAACAGAUCCGUAACUGGUUCCAGAACAGGCGUAUGAGGAUGAAGAGGAUGGUCCAGGACGCUCUUGCCCAAGCGUGCCAGGCUAAAGUAGCCUCUCACCUCCUGCACUACCCCGAGCUACAUGCCUACCAACCCCAUCAUGCAGCAGAGGGGGGCGCUGCCACCCCAUACCUCCACCCACACUACAGCUCAUCCACAGCCAGUCCAGCCCUACCCAGCCUCCCCCUGGACUCUUUCUACCAGUACUCCAGCCUCCCAGGCCUGGUGAUGCCCACUACUGGGUCCUACCAGCCGUACACUCACCAGUAUUAAAACUUUUGGAUGAUAUCUCAAUAGUCUAAAGAGGUUUUAAGGAAACUACUUUAGACUAGUGAGACACAUCCCAAUACAUUUUCACUGGCUUCCACUUAUCAUCUAAUGUAUUGACUAUAGAGAAAGUUAUCCACUCAGGGUAGAGAGCAAUAAUGAAUGUGUUUCUGCUCUCCUUUUGUCAUACUGUAAUUUCUAUUUAAGUAUAAAAUUGUUAGUUUUAUUGGAUCGGUUUCAAGUCAUGUGGCAGCUGUAUAAAAGUGUGGAUAAAAUGAAGGUUUUUUUCCCCCAAUUACAUUAUAAAUCAGAUAAUCUCAGUUCUUCCACUUGAUUUAUAUAUUUGUAAGUAUUGUGUGAAAAUAAAAUGAAAAACAAUCCCAUUGCCAGAA